UCCUUCUUAGCUGAAUGUGAGAGGAGUUCCGAGUAAAUCUGACACACAGCUGCAGUCAGUGUCAUAAUUCCUACUUAUGCAUAGAACUUGACUUGGUUGUAAUAAUUGAACACUAUUGUGUUUCACAUCUGAUAUUAUAUGUAGUUCUUGGCUGAAUGUGGGAGGAGUUCCUAGGUAGAGAGUAAAUUAUGUUACAUGAGAUUCCCAAUUUGUGCGCAACUACCAAGAGUUUCGAGGACUAUAACAGCAGGCCAAGUAACAGACAUGCUACAACUGUCUCUCCAGACUCUACUUUGAAGCAAGUACCACUCCUUACAACAAAAAUGAUGAAGGCCACAAUGUUUGCAGCUGCAAUUCUACUCUCUGGAGCUAGCACUGCAGUACUUGGAUACCCACCCUACCUGGAUGCUACCAGCCAGCAGUGCCAGUACCAGUAUGCUGAACAGCAGCAAAUGUUGGAGGACCAACAGGAGCAAUCAUUUGCGCAGGAAAACUUUGACCAGGAGCAGGCACUCAUGCAGCAGAACUAUCUUAAACUGUUUGAAGGAGGUGCUGCAGCUCAGCAGGCGGGCAGUUGCUUGGACAUUAAUAUUCCAACUUUGGUGGGUUUCCUCAACGUCCGUGUAUGUCCAGACGAUAGCACUGGAUGUGGGCUUGUCCGUGUUGUUCUGGGCACGCUUGUCAAUACC